CGCUGGCCGGGGCGGGCCGGGCCGGUGAGGGAGCCGCCCCCAGACGCUGCCGCCGCCGCCCGGGGAAGGAGAGCGGAUCAGGGCCGGCGCUGGCUCGGUUCUGGGGUUGUGCGCAGCCAUGAAUCUUCGCGGGCUCUUCCAGGACUUUAACCCGAGCAAAUUUCUGAUCUAUGCCUGUCUGCUGCUGUUCUCCAUUUUGCUGUCGCUACGCCUGGACGGAAUUAUCCUAUGGAGCUACUGGGCCGUCUUCACUCCCGUCUGGCUAUGGAAACUAAUAGUGAUCAUAGGCGCCUCUGUGGGAACUGGCGUGUGGGCACGCAAUCCACAGUACAGGGCGGAAGGAGAAACCUGCGUGGAAUUUAAGGCCAUGCUGAUCGCAGUUGGAAUCCACCUGUUGCUGUUAAUGUUUGAAGUCCUGGUGUGUGACAGGAUCGAGCGAGGAUCCCACUUCUGGCUCCUCGUCUUCAUGCCCCUCUUCUUUGUGUCUCCUGUGUCGGUGGCUGCCUGUGUGUGGGGCUUUCGACACGAUCGAUCUUUGGAGUUGGAAAUCCUGUGUUCCGUGAACAUUCUGCAGUUCAUAUUCAUUGCGUUGAGACUGGAUGAAAUCAUAAAGUGGCCUUGGCUGGUGGUGUGUGUCCCCUUGUGGAUUCUGAUGUCAUUUCUCUGCCUGGUGGUGCUGUACUACAUAGUGUGGUCAGUGCUGUUCUUGCGCUCCAUGGAUGUGAUAGCUGAACAAAGGCGGACCCACGUUACAAUGGCUAUCAGCUGGAUGACCAUAGUAGUUCCACUUUUGACCUUUGAGAUUCUUUUGGUUCACAAGCUGGAUGGUCACAAUAAUUUCUCGUAUAUUCCAAUCUUCAUUCCUCUUUGGCUUUCUCUCAUGACGUUAAUGGCAACAACGUUUGGGCAGAAAGGGGGUAAUCACUGGUGGUUUGGAAUCCGCAAAGACUUCUGCCAGUUCCUUCUGGAGAUCUUUCCCUUUCUACGGGAGUACGGCAACAUUUCGUAUGAACUUCACCAUGACGACAGUGAAGAUUCUGAAGAUAUCCCCAUCCCUGAGCCUGCUAAGAUCCCCCCCAUGUUUUACAAAAAGACUGGGGCUGUGAUUACCCAGAGUCCUGGGAAAUAUUUUGUCCCCCCUCAGAAGUUGAACAUUGACAUGCCUGAUUAAGUUCUCUAGCAGGGGACACUAGAGUGAAAUAGUGCUGUAUGGGUAUGGUACCUUUAAGUUACACAUGCUCUAGCUGUUGUAUAAACGGGACUCUCUCUGGCGUACAGCACUCGGCUGCCAAACAUUGUAAAAAUCUAAUCUAUGAAGGUGAUUUCUAUUUGCUGUAGGCCAUUUCAUACUUUAAAAAUGAACAGAGCUCCUGUGCUACAGUAUUGCAGGCAGCAGUGCGGAAUGAUGCUGCGACUGCAUUGCCCCCGUGGCAGCGCGUUAGUGAAAUGCAGAGCUGCACCCACAUUGUUAAUAGAGGUCAUCCAAUAUUAGAAAUGCUUAAAAAAAAAAACCUCUGAGUGGUUGAAUCCUCUGCAUUAUAAUAUAGAUCACAGUGUUUACUUUGUGCAAAAAAAAUCAUAAUGAUCUGAAAAUUAGAACUAAGAUACUUUGAAAUACCAGGUUUGACUUUAUUUGAUAAUUGCAGGAAAAUGGGAAAAAAAGAAUAGCGCAGUAAAUGGAAAAAGCUGUUGGGUUUUCAAAUGAUGUUAACUCUUUAUUGCCGUGGUGAUUGACAGCAACUAUUAUGAUUUCCAGGAUCAGAUGACUGGAAAUAUUCAUCCAUCCUCUUUUCAUUAAGGCACAAAAUAUUUGUUUACUAUAAAUAGACUAUUGAAGGCAAACCUCUUCUGCGCUUGCCUUCAGUGAACCCAUGUAGCCACUCUACACUGCACACAAUGCUUUAAUAGACGUUCUUAAGGCAAAGCGUUAGGGGAGAGAUUCAUAGUGAAUGUAGAUGAAGAAGUUUUAUAUUGAUUAAGCAUGAUCCUCUUCAUUCUGCGGUGCCCCCCAAACACAUAUUUGGGUCAUAGCUUGACAUCUCUAAAACAUCAGUGCUUCUUCUCACUUGGAAAGACAACAGUUCAGACAUUGUGGAUCGGGUCCCAUUUAGUUACAGAGAGAGAGUUUGAUAUUAUUUGGAACUGCUUGUAUGUGUAAUAACCUCCUUGAAUAUAAAAUUAGCACAAAUGUGCUUGGAAGGCGGUGGGACAGGUUCUUGCUUAUCCGUGAGAUAGAAGAGUAUAGUGGUUCUAUGUGCCCGAUGCUUAGCAUUGUGCUUGGUCUCAUUCAUGGCAAAGACAUGGCGUGCAAUAAUAACCUGUAAAAAUGAAAUAGAAUUUUUAAUGCAUGAACAGAAAUGUGAACACCUUUUAGUUGUGUGAUUUAUUAAAGUUCAUUAUGUAAUGCAGUUGGCUGUUCAGCCAAAUUAUAUCCAGCGAGUACUGCUUCUUGAAUAUCUAUAAAUUAAUACCUGCCCAUGUUAAAAUAAUGCGUGUUCCUUGUUAGGUGCUGGAUGCAAAUCACUGCUGUAAUAUAACAAUGCCUACAAUGCUAUCCUAGUUCUACUGGGUUCCUGACCCUUAACUGCGUGCUUCAAUUUGCAAACAGAAUGUAAUUGGCCAUUAUGGAACAUUAUCAGUGAUGAUGGGGUUUGAGAUAUUUGCUAGACCUCUUGAUUGUUCAGAAUAUGUAAGAAUGUGUCUUAGUUUAUAGAGCAACACAAUUAUGCAGUAUUAUUGAUAAGAAAGGGGGAGCAAAUGUUCAUUUCCUUUCCCAAUGCAUCAAAGGUCUAUCACUAGUUUAACGCUUUGUACUUCUAAUCUUGACUGUAUAACAUUUGUUUGCUUUUAUUUCACACCUGAGAUUUGUGAAAUGGCACGAUUAGGGAUAUUAUUUAAGUUUUGAUUACUACACAAUCUUCAGUGACUGAAAAUGCCAACGUCCGAAAUGGAUGAUACAAAAUAUAUUACAAAAUAUUUGCCUUAAAAAAAAAAAAAUAUGAUUCUCCUUUUAAAAUUGAGAUUAAAUUAUAUGUAAUCUAGAUAAUUCUCUUCAAAAUUUACCUCAGGAGUUUUAAUUUUGAAACUUAAUCUCUAAAACCAUAGCAUCCACUGUCUUGAGUUUUUGUGGUAGAUGUCAGGAUUGAAUGAAUCUGGCUACGUCCUGAAAUGUUUAUCACUGCUAAUCAGCUGACUGAUUUUUCCUAUUAUAAAACACAAACCAUGCAAUUAGCAAUUGAUGAAAUAAAUUCAUGAAAUUGGCAUUCAUUGAUUAGGUGAAAUGUAAUAAUAGGCACUGCAUUACUGUAGUGUAACAUCAUGAUUUGAAAGAUUAUUUUUGAGCGUGUUUGGCGAUCCUGUUAAUGUUUUCCCCAACAAUGGUUCAUUACUAAAUAAUGAUUCUUGUAAAGGGGUUACAUAGUUCUCAGAGUUUGUCCCGUCCCGUUUUAUCUCCUGAUGCAUUGAUUCAUGGGUGUGCUGCCACUAUCAAAGCUUUGAAGGGGGCAGAUUUAGCUUCCACAUCUGAUAGCCAGAUGGAAUAGAUUGUCUACUUGUAGAAUGGUCCAGCCUUCAGCGCAUUAGCUUCCAGUGGACAAGACACUGGGAAGGUUUUAACAUGAAUGUGCCAUGUUGGGCAUGUUCCACCAGACCACUGUUGGCUGCUAACGUUAUACAUUUUCCCUACACAUUUUGAACAGUGAUUGCCCAAUCAAUCCUCAAAUGUUUUGAAUUGUUAUUUUACUUUCCAAGUAGAUACAACAAAGAUCUUGAGUGCCGGAAUGCCAAUAUUGGCAUUAAUUUUAAAUUUCAUUUUGAUUGCUGUUCUAAACCCUCCCAUUCAGUGUUUCGGACCGCUGCAGUUAUAUAGUGAAAAUCCAUUGCUUCUGCAAAUCUAAUUUGCCAUGUUAGAUCAAAUUAUCACACCAAACCAUUUGACAAACCACCACAUCUAGAUGAACUCUUUUGGAGAACCCUAACAAUUAAGUGCUCAAUGAUAACCGAAAAUUCACUUAAUAAAUCGAGAUACCAUGUUAAUUUUAUGAAUGUUCUGUAUAUAAUUUUUAACCAAACUUUAAACUGCUGGAAGAGUAGGAAAGGGGUAUUAUGCUAAGCCGAGUGGCUACGUAAACGGGUAUGAGGUGAUACGUAUUUCAAACCCAAAGAUCUCUAAUCUCUUAGUGCAGAUUAGUGUUGAUCGAAGAGGCAGCAAAGUGGCAGCUCUCAGCUGGCCUGAGGGGAAGAAGUGCAAUUGUUUUGUUUUUUUGUGGGAAUCACUUAUUGUUGGACCAAACAGAGAGAUGUUCUUUGUGAAAUGUUUCCGUAAUAUCUGUAAAUGUGUCUUGGUGUGUAAUGGAUACACGCUGCUUUUUAUUCAGUAAAUUUAAUAAAUAUUUCAAAAUGC